AGUCAUGUUUUUUGGCGCUUUCUGGUUGUUGCUGCUGCUGCUGCUGCCGCCGCUGCGCCCCCCGGGAGCGCAGGGCCACCGCGGUGCCAAGAGCCCGGAGCAGGAGGCCGACGAGCCCAUCCCUUGGCCAAGCAUCCAACGCCUGCGGGAGCAGCUGAGGACGGCCGGGACCCUCUCCAAACGGUACUGGGCGCUCUUCAGCUGCACCUUGUGGCCGGAUCACUGUGAAGAUCAGGAGACCCCCGUGCCGCCUCUGGGCUGGAGCCUUCCUCUGUGGGGCCGGCGGUCGCUGGAUAUGCUCACUUCAUGGUUCUGCCGCUUUCAGGACUGCUGCAGCGCGGGAAACUGCAGGAUCUCCAACAACUUCACAGGCUUAGAAUCAGACCUUCGUGUGCGACUGCAUGGCCAGCAUCUCGCUAGCAAGCUGGUCCUAGAAGCAGUGAAGGGUUACUUAGAGAUGCCCCAAGUUGGCAAGGCUCUGGCUCUGUCAUUCCACGGCUGGUCUGGCACAGGCAAGAACUUCGUGGCACGGAUGCUGGUGGACAACCUGUAUCGGGACGGAAUGAGGAGUGACUGUGUCAAGAUGUUUAUCUCUACCUUCCAUUUCCCACACCCCAAGUAUGUGGACUUAUAUAAGGAGGACUUGCAGAGGCAGAUGCAGGAGACGCAGCGGCGCUGCCAGCAGAGCACGUUCGUCUUUGACGAAGCGGAGAAGCUGCACCCGGGGCUACUGGAGCUGCUUGAACCCUACCUGGAACCGAGGAGCCCCGAGACCCAUGGAGCUGAGCUGCCCAGAGCCAUCUUCCUCCUUCUCAGUAACCUUGGGGGCAGUGUCAUCAAUGAGGUGGUCCUAGGUUUGCUCAAGGCUGGAUGGUCCAGGGAGGAAAUUACGUUGCAGCACUUGGAGAUGCCCCUUCAGGCUGAGAUCAUAAAGUCUGCAGACAGCAGCUUUGGCUCCAGCCGUCUCCUGAAGAAACACCUUAUUGAUCUCUUUAUCCCCUUCCUGCCACUGGAGUACCGCCAUGUGAGGCUGUGUGUCCGAGAUGCCUUCCUGGGCCAGGAUCUCCCAUACACAGAAGAGGCCCUGGAUGAAAUUGCCAAGAUGAUGACAUACGUCCCUGAGGAAGAGCAGCUUUUCUCCUCUCAGGGUUGCAAAUCCAUUUCCCAGAGAAUCAACCUUGUCUUGCCUUGAGAGUGGCUCCUUUGCUCCCGGAACAGUCUUUUUCCAUCAGCCAGAUGCCCUAGUGUCCAGCAACCACUGCUUCCAGCUAGUGUGCAGAAGGGCAGCUCCUAAAAACCACUUGGUGCCUUAAAAACCCACACUCUAGACUGAGGUCAGGAAGCCAGUGGAAGGCCCAAGCACCAAAGGGUCCUCAGAACACUCCCUACAGUCUCUUGGCACCAUAGCUCUUCCUGGAAAGCCGCUGGAAUGGAGUAUGAGCCUGAGGCCCCAGAAUCCUUGGGCUACAGAACAAGGAAGAUGAAAGAUGUGUGGACCAGCAGGAGUGUGGCUCUGGUCUGCAGGUUUGGCUGGCUCUCCGGGGUAGGGAGAUGGGCAGCUUCUGCAUGUGAGCAGACCAGCAAAGGGCCUUAGUCUAAAGAGAAAACCUUUCAAAACAUGAUGGGUGUGGCACACACCUGUGACCCUAGCACUUGGCAGGCUAAUACAGGAGAGAGCUGAAGAAACCUGAGCUGCCAGGCAGGCUUGACAAACAAAACCCCAUAGGUGUGUAGCUAAGGCAUGUUCUGUUCUGCAGACUGAAAACUUUGAGGCCUUGUCAUGUGUGAUUAAAUGUAUUUUUCUAACAUCCUU